CCCCGCGGCGGCUCCGCCUUCCCGUCCGCAGCCGCCCGGGGGUCAGGGCUGUGCCGGCGCCGCCGCCCGAUCUGCACGGGGAAGGCCAUCUGUGGAAAAGAAGAAAGAGAAAAAAAAUGAAGCACUUAUUGUUAAUAUUGCUCAUGAAUUUAUUACACCAGUAUACUGGGAAAUCUUUGAGAAGAGAUGGAAGUUCCCUGAAGUCAUUUGAAGACAUUAAAAAUGAGAUAGCUGGCUAUACUGAUAUUGCUAAGGCUAUUAUUGAUCUUGCUGUUCAUGGAAAGGCUCAGAACAGAUCCUAUGAAAGAUUAGCAGUUUUUGCUGACACCAUAGGACCUAGACUCAGUGGUUCAAAAAACUUAGAGGCAGCCAUCAAAUAUAUGUUCAGUGCCCUGCAGAAAGAUGGGCUGGAAAAUGUGCAUCUAGAGCCUGUGAAAGUACCACACUGGGAAAGAGGAGAAGAGUUUGCAGUGAUGCUGGAACCAAGGAAUCAUAGCAUUGCUAUUUUGGGACUUGGGAACAGUAUUGCAACUCCUCCAGAAGGAAUUACAGCAGAAGUUAUAGUUGUAGCCUCAUUUGAUGAACUGCACAAACGAGCUCAGGAGGCCAAGGGGAAGAUUGUCGUCUACAACGAACCUUUCAUCAGCUAUGGCGAAACUGUGCAAUACAGGCUACAGGGAGCAGUGGAAGCUGCUAAAGUUGGAGCAGUGGCAUCCCUCAUUAGGUCUAUUGCUUCUUUUUCUAUUCACAGUCCACAUACCGGGGGGCAGAGUUACCAGCCUGAUGUACCCCAAAUUCCCACUGCUUGCAUCACUGUGGAAGAUGCUGAAAUGAUGUCACGAAUGUCUCUCCGCGGCACUAAGAUUGUUGUGCACCUGAGAAUGGGGGCUAAGACUUACCCAGACUCUCUGUCCUUCAACACUGUGGCAGAGAUAGUUGGAAGCAAGUACCCAGAGGAGGUCGUAUUGGUCAGUGGACAUCUGGACAGCUGGGACGUUGGGCAGGGAGCUAUGGAUGAUGGUGGUGGAGCAUUUAUUUCAUGGGAAGCAUUAUCGCUCAUUAAGGAUCUGGGACUUCGUCCAAAAAGGACACUGCGCUUGGUGCUAUGGACAGGAGAAGAGCAAGGAGGAGUAGGUGCCAAGCAAUACUAUCAGUUGCACAAGGAAAAUAUCUCCAAGUUUGAUAUCGUUAUGGAGUCUGAUGAGGGCACCUUCCAGCCAUCUGGCCUGGGUUUUUCUGGCAGUGCUGAAGCCCGGGACAUUGUGAAAGAGGUCAUGACUCUGCUGCAGCCCAUCAAUGCUACGGAUGUUUUUGACACUGCAGAUGGAACAGACAUCGCUUACUGGAUGAGAGACGGGGUGCCUGGUGCCAGCUUGCAUAAUGACAUCAAUAAAUACUUCUGGUUUCAUCAUUCUCAAGGGGACACGAUGACAGUUCAGGAUCCAAACCAGAUGAAUCUCUGUGCUGCUGUUUGGACUGUUGUCUCCUAUGUAAUUGCUGACAUGGAGGAUAUGUUGCCAAGGUAGUAAAACAGCAAGAAAGAAGAUUUCUGUUCUUCAGUGAAGAUUUGUAGCAAUCAUGUUAUUCCAAUUAGUGGCCAUUAAACAUGGAUCACUUGGUCAAUUUUCAAUUCAAGAGCACUACUGAGGUCAUCCAGGUAAGCCAACAUAACUUUUCCUUCCACUUACAUACCAUUAAUCUUUGAGAAUCUUUCUCAGCUUUUAAUCAGGAAAGUAGUAGCUUAGGACAUUAUUUAUAUUACUAUUAUUGUGAGGGUCACCUGCCAUAAAUCUGCGCUUAUCAUAAGUAACUUGAUAAUAUUCUAGAUCAAGGGGUCCAUGGGUACAUUUCCCUACAACAAACAUUUCGGGCUUUGCCUGCAAAAAUCUGUGAGGUGAGAGCUGAAAAAAACAGCACUAGUAUUUAAAUAUAUGUCAAAAAUUUAAAUUUCAAAUAAUGAUCUUCCUCAAGGUAUUACAAAUCUCUUGCAUCUGCUGAGAAGGGAGGCCCCUGGGUAGUCUUCCUUUCAGCUACAACUUGAAGCUUUCAGACAUAGUUACAGAGGGAUGAGACCAAUACAUAAUUCAUUUACCUGACUAGACUAUAGUGCAAAUGCUGAUGAAAAAUCUGUUUUCAAUACUGCAUAAUAAUGUAAUGUAAGUAAUUUUGCCAGUAAUAAAAGGAGAAUUGUAGGGUAGGUUUGCUUUUGUCCUUCAUUGUGCCAAGACAAUUGUGACAUUUCACUGUCUAUUUGAAUGAUUCUGUUCUAUGUGUUCUCACAAGACUUUUAGCUCCCUUAAAAUAAUUAAAAACAAAGAGAGAGUUGAAGCAGUGCUGAUUCUGCUGCUCCAUUACAAACAUCCUUGGCUGUGUAUUUAGUUAGUAUGCUUCCCCCAUAGCGAUUUGAGACACUUCCAUUUACCAUAAGUAAAUAUCAAACUGAUCUUGAUAUCUAUAUCUGUCUCAUGAAAUAUACAUACCAUCUAAAUGUGCCCAAAUGAUUAAUUUACUGCUGUGUAAUGAUUAGCAUAAAAAUCUCAUCACUGCACAGGAUAGAAAUGUUGCCACUAAUUGCUGGUUGGAGUGAACAAUGUUUUCUGCAUAGAAGUUAAUGAUGCAUUGCAGCUCUUGAAUGGAAAAACUCAAGACUUUUUGGGAGACAUUUUUUUCCCUUCUUUUCUGCUAAAUGUUAGGAAACACUGAUAAUAUAUAACAAAAAAAAGAAUAGAUAGAAUGUAAUAAAUAUGUAUAAUAAAAAGGAAAUUACACCUUUUGUAGUGUUCUGUCUGCUGCAUAGACAUGGAAGCACUGUCCACACACACACUGUGGAUGUUUUCAUAGUCAUGAUUUCUGGAAACUCCAGCUUUUUUGCGCAAAGGUAUGGCCAGCUAUGGGCCUGUGAUUUGUAGUUACAGUGUUUAAUAAGUACAUUGUGCUAGCACCUGUUUAAGGUUUCUUGACAAUCAUGUUUGCAUUUGGAGGAGGGGCCUUGAUGACGGCCUUAUAUCCAACUCUGUGUCCAGCUUGCAGUUUGAUUUCACUGCAGGACAGAUCAACCUCCUGUAGUUUAUGCUAAGUUUAUGUCUUCUGGAGAGUUUUUUAUCUUUCCCUUUAUUUCUCAGCACUUGUACAGUGACAUAGAUAUCAGGAAUGACAAACCGACUGAAAAAUAAUCUAUGUAUUUUGUGCAUUAGGGCUCAGGAACUGCAAGAUGCAAUUGAGAUGACUCAGUUGCACAUAAGCACACGGUAGAGAGCUCCAUCAGGGCCAGCACUUUCCAGUAUCACUGACCUCUGUUAACUGGCAGACAGAGCUUUGUACCUAAUGCAGUGAAUUUUUAUCACUGGUCACGGUUGUCUCCAUCACUAUGUGAAAAUCAGGCUUAUGAAAACUAAAGAGGGAAGCUCUGGAGGAGGGACCACAAAAACCACAAAAGAGCAAGGUUAUACUUACUCAGGAACUGUGGCUUCAAGUACCAAUGUUUUACUCUGCUUUGCUGUGUGAGUUGGGGAACACUGCCUAAACCUCCCUCAGUUCCACCAUUAAAUGUUGGUGGUAGUGUUUGGUGCUGGUGUUUGGUGUAGCCUGAUUUAACAACACUGUUAAAAGACAUGAUGCAAGUAGAAUCUAAGUUCAUAGCAGAGGUGAGGUUCAGUUGGAGGAGAGAAAUAAGAAGUAAACACCUUCCAGCUACAUGACAAUUCACCUGUGGAAUAUGUCUUUUAGUAAUUACUCUUUGCAUUUCCAAUACUUGCAUUAUUCCCAUUAUUUGCAUUUACUAUUUGAUAUGAAAAACAAAAAGAAAUUUUCCUAUUUCAGAUAAUGCUGUUUUGAAGUAGGCUUUGGACAUCAGGCAUAUCAGUUUUAAAUUAAUGGUACUUUGCAUCUGGGAAUGAUGUGGGACAAUUAUGUGUGCAAAAUGGUCACACAAAAUGCCAUCUAUAUAUAUCAUUUCACUGCAUUGAACUAUCACACACAUACUAAGAAUUUCCCAGAAUCGGGGGCCACACACUGGGGCAGUUUGGGAAAAGGGAAUAGGUGAAAUGAUUUCCCAACAGUCAUGCAGCCACUCAGUCCUAAAGCUAAGUAUAGUUUAGUUUCUGCUUCAGUCAGUCUGUGAUGCUGAAUGAGUUGCUACUUUCUUUUUAUAUCACUGAGAAAACUUUGUAGCUGAAGUGUAAAAUUUUGUGCAAAAAUGACACUUUUGGGCGAUUACGGGCAAUGUAUGUGGACUGAACUCUCAGGAAAGUCUUCAAAACUGAUUUCACUGAGUUUCUUUGUGACUCAAGUUAUAAUCUCUGGAAUAUGUCAGCUUCAGCUUUGUGAUUGUGAUUAUGCAAUAUUUUGCUUAUUCUAAAUUGUCUAUAUAUUUUGCUUCUUCUAGAGAUACUAUGUCAGUAAUACAGCUGCAGAGAAUUGAUAUAAUUACUGGAAUUUAAAAGCAAAUUUCACCGUUCUUUUACACUUCAUAGUUUUUUUUAUUUUGCUUAAAUUUCUGUCACUGGGGCAGAAAGGUUUCACAAAUUUUAAUAUGAGACACAAUGCAGAGACUAAUGAUUGUUCAAAAGCAGAUAACAAAAUAUUCAUAGCUUUUAAUAAAGUGUCAUGCUGAUAUUUCCGUGGCUAUUAUUGAGCUUUAGCUCAUCAGGAAGGUGAAUUUAACAAGAGGAAUUGCUAGAAAGGGAGUCGUGAGACAUUUAACCACGUAAAGUUAAAUGUUAAUGCUUUACCCCUCAAAACUGUUCAUUGUAGAAGUAUAGAAAGCUAUAAAUACCCACAAGAAAAUGCUUGAUUGUCUUCAGCAGUGAUUCCCAGUGCUGAUCCUACAUAGAAGGUAUUUUAAGCCUUUAUAAUGUAGCCUGAACACUUAAUAUGAAAUGCUGAGAUGCAAACACAUUAGCUGUGAAUUCCUAUAUUCAUUUUUCUUGGUGUAAACAGGAUGCAGCUCUGUUGGGAAUUCAGCUUAGCUUUGGUAUUGCUAUCCCUCCAAGCAGGACUGCUACUGGCUAUAUAGCAAGCCUAUUGGAAGGAUAACUACAAGGAAUAGAAGAAAUUACUUGAAAGUCUUGUUAGAUCUUUCUAAAACAAUAAAAGUAUGGGGGGGGGGUGGUUAACGCAAAAGUAAUUUUUGUUUGUUAAACAGCUGAACCUAGGUUUCAGCAUGUGCAGUUAUUGGAACUCUUUUCUUUCAUAAACAGUAGUCUCUUUAGAGGAAUGAGAAGAUAAUAAGUGAAGUCAUUCAAUAGGCUCUGUAUAAGUACCACAUGUAUUAAACCACAGCCUAAGUUACAAAAAACGUAACUUAGAUCAGCAUUUGUCAACAGGAACUAACUUUUAAAUAUGAAGAGAGGAUUAAUUUCCAAGUUGUUGGAAGGAAGCAGAUAUGAUAGAAAGAAGUAUAACCUUUUACUUUCAAUACAGCAAAAUGUUAUUUCAGGUGUUCCACAUAGUGUGUUUGCUAGAACUCAUUGGAGAAAUUAGAGAGGAUAUGCAUAGCCUUCCCUGUUGAACAAAAUUCCAAGAGUGCUUGCUGGCAUCAGUAGAGGCUGCCCCUCCAGACAUCCUCUAGUUAGGGGGUUGUCCAUCCCCUGUGUAUUUGAUAACACUGGGUGUGCAAUAUUCCGAGAACUAUGUAAGCUUGAAUUUAUGGGGUGAGGACCAGAAGCAUUUAUUGGGAAUGUUCUGCAAGAAGUGUGUGACACAGCUGUUCCUGACACCACAUCUUCAUGUGACAAGCAAAUAGUGAACCAGCUGUUGGUAGCUCAGCCAGCCACUGAGCCUGUGUGGUUCUGUGGGAUGUGUGAGCGUUCCAGGCUUCACGUAGAGGAAGGAGAACUGAAGAUUGCUGAUGAGAGUCCAGGUGUUUGGUUGACCUUUCUCUAUACCAUGAAUGUGGGGUUGUCAUAGAGAAUCUUUCUGCUCAUCUCCUGGAUGCAGAGGACCUUUGCACCCAUGCUCCCAUAGAACUAGAAUGAGGAAAGUUUUCAUACUUGGGGACCAUCUGGAGGUGAGUACUUUUUUUUUGCUCUCCAACUUCUCAAAGUUCAGGAAGAGCUUGGGGUCUCAAGCUCUUUUUUUUUGCCUCCCAAGCUGCAGUAGUUGUAUAUCUUUUAGACUUGGAUUUGAAAUGGAUUUGUAAUAUACAACACUGUCAUCACACUGUGGAAUCACUGAAGUCUAAUACUUUUCAUGUUCCAUAUCUCUGCAUUAUAGAGCUGUGUCUAAACAAGCAGGAACAGUAAUGGCUGUCAGCAGAGUGCUUGACAAUAUCUUCAAAGCAGAAGAGCUGAGUAAACAUUUGCUGUGUGUGCUCUAUUAGGUGUCAACAAAAAUUUUAUUCCUCCCUCCCUCAUCUGUGAAGUGAUGGAGAGGGAGAAUAUUAUUGCUCUGUGAUUCUGCAACAGUUAGACUGGCUGCUACAAUACUACUAAAUCAGUUUGAGGCAUAAGAUUAUAUGAGACAUCAGAAUUUGGCAAACUUCAGGGAAAUCACAAAUGUAGCAGUGUUGUUUAUUGCAUAAUGUUUAUUCACACAGUAGUGAGUGAUCCUUUAAAACAGAAGUGUAAGUGGCUUAUAGUAUUUGCAGAAACAUUCUGGUGACAAACUAAAGCUUUGUAAGACUGCUGUUACCUUAUUGUAAUAAACUGACAAAAGUAAAAUUAAUACCUGGGUUUUUUUAAAUUACACUUUUAGAUUCCUCUAUGGAAAAAAACCCAUGAUCUUAGCUUAAAAUAACUACAGAAAGACUUCCCAGGGGUUCUUUGAUUUACACUGGCUUCAAAUAUCAAGAAACAAAGAUUGAAGGUCCAGAUAAGCAUUGGUCAACUCAGUAGGAAUUUCUUCAAAAAUAUUUGCAAAUGUGAGCAUAUGGUGUUGGGGUUUUCUGCAGAGUUUAACAGAGAAAGCAGUUAUAUUAGACAUUUUCUUUUUCCCAAAGUUUUCCCAAUUUUGACAAAAAUCCUCCUAUUGCUAUUAAUCUCAAAUAUUCUAACAUGCUCUAACUUUACUACCAUGUUGUAAAAGUUUACUUUCUGGCCACUUUUUUUCCCCCUUUGAAUAAGCUCAGUUUAGAGGUUUAACUUAAGACAAUAAACUAGGAACUCCCAAGUUCUAAUUCUGCUGCGGUAACCAUCUUUCUGGGUGGUCUUGGCACACCCUAAAGGUAUGCCUUCUGUGUGGACUUAAUUUGUUACACACUGAAAACCCCCAAAAACCAUCUCUUUCCUAGCCUGGGUGCAGCCCAGAAGUGUGGGCCACUGUUUUGUUUUAGAGAGAUGUCUUUUAAAUUCACUCACGGCCGAAAACAACUGAGACUUGGGCAUUUUCUAAUUUAUGCUCCAUAGGUGAAUUAACCUUUCAGAUGAAUAAGACUACAGCUUGGCUGAAAUAUGGAUACAAUUGUGGUCCAUCUUCACGGUGGCUGAUUCACAAUUUGGAGUGGAAAAGACAUCAAAAUAUCAUGGAUUUUUGAUCUCAAGACCGAUGAAACCUUGGAGUUUGGGGGUAUUUUCUGUUUAUUAAAAAACUAACUCCCUGCAUAUGAAAUUGAAGCUCUUUCCCUUCCAAGUUCUGCGAAAAGACUUCUAGAAAAUAAUAUUAAGGGAAAAAACUAGAAAAGGUUAGUACAAAAACUGUCCUGUAUGGUAAUAUCAUGAGCCUGAAAACAGGGAAUAUAUUCCAAACUUGUGGAAGUGUUGAGUUUGUUGGGGUUUUUUCUCAAAGAGCGAGAGUUAAUGUAAGUAAUUUUAAUGAAGUGUCUAAUUUAUUCUUAAUUCAAAUUCACUUUCUUAUGGCUAUGGUAAAUAUCCCCUACUGCAGUCAACUCACACAAAAUUCAACAGGAAAUGUCCCACCUCUCUUCAUUAUCCUGGACAGAAAUCAACAAAAAUCACACAGAUUCUGCUUCUGUAGCUGAUGCUUACUGAGCACAAGUAAUUAGGAGUCAUCCCUCUUGAAACAGUUGGAAGCUAGUGAAAUGUCAGAGGAUUCCCCUCCAUGUUCAAUUUAUUACAAAUUCAUGUGCUGUCCUCUCAAUUUUGCUUAGUGGAUACAAUUAAUAACACUGAAGACUUCUCAGGUUAUAAAUUAGGGUUUAAAUUUGAAGUAAUGCCAGUGGCUUAAAGAAGACAGUUUACUGAUAACUUGGUCUUCAAACUGCACAAUAUAUCAAUUAUUCACUUUCUCAUCUGUCAGCUCCGGCUCUGGAUUUGUUACGUGGUUUAAACGGCAUCUCUUUGGUAAAGGAAAUUGCAACAGAACUUAGUUGUAUAAAACAGUUCUUCUUUGCACUUUAAGUGAAAGAACUUUGAAACCAAAACUGUCUUUAAAAUACCUAUUGUCCCCAAAUUUCCAGGAACCAAAAAUAAACUCUUGUCUUGUAUUUAGAAUGGAAGAAAACUAAACAUUUUUAAGGAAAUGGGAUGCAUAUGCUAAAAUAGCUAGAAGUGCAAAUGGGAGGAUGAGAAAUUCUUACUAUGCCCAAGGAAGGUAAUGUAGUGCCAAGUACCUGAAUCACUUAAAUAUUAUGGUAACUGGAAAAAAACAAAUGAGAAGCUGAAGAUAAAAAAGGCCUGUAGUCAGUACAUCCAAAUAAAAAUAUGAAAAUCAUAAUCCAGAAAAAACCUGCAGUUGUCUCAGAUGUUGUUGCAGGACCAAGAGGUGGGCCAUGCUGAUUGCAGGCUUGGAAGUUGAAAGCAGAUUUAAGCAAACCUGAGCCAGCUGGAUGGAAGAAAUGUUUAACUUAUGGGUUCAUUAUCUUUCAUCACUAAGAAGGUGCAAACUGACUAAUCUCAGUGCACUUAUAUUACAAUUUUGGUUCAAGAAAAAUUUGGAUCAACAGUCCCUGAUACAAGAGAAUUUUUGGGUGAAGCUGUGGUUGGAAACUGCAGUGUGUACCACUGCUGUAGCAGGGCUUUUCACCUUUUUCCUUUUGCUGAGGAUUAUUUCAUGCAAUCACUGCUUUGUCUCAUCAGAGCUUACUUUAAAGAUUGAAACUGGUGGUCAUCCCAUGAUUUCCCCUGAGCAAGUUUUCUUUGCAA